UUACGUUCAAUUUGUAACGAUGAAAUUGGGGGCCACCACAACGUGAGGAACUGUAUUAAAGGGUCGGGGCAUUAGGAAGGUUGAGAACCACUGGUCCAGAGAAAGGGCACCUUUUUCUAAGCUGCACAAGGGUGCCCAUGUGCAGGUAGUGGUCCUGCCUUCCAGGCCCUGUGCUUGAUCUGGCUGCUGCAGCUCUGACCUCAUCUCUGUCUUCUCUGCCUUUCUCAUUCUCUUCCGGCCCCACUGGCCUUGCUCUUCCUCAGACUCGCUUACUGCCUUGAGGCCUUUGGGCUUGCUGCUCUCUCUGCCUCAACCACUCUUUCCCAGGAAUCUACAUGUCCUGCUUUUGUCAGAUUUCUGAAAUGCCACUUAUCAGCCUAUCAAAAGUUUUGGCUUUGUUGCAAAAGCAAGUCAAGAGUUAACUUUUCUCUGUUGAAUAAGUAUUGCAGAUUAUACCAUGUCGGUUCAAGGAAUAAAUAAACAUACAAUUAUCCCUCCUAUCAUUAGUAGAUGUGAUAAGGAAUUUUUGGAAAGUAUGCAAAGAUACAUAAUUACAGAAACUAAAAGAGUGGGCUGCAAUGAGGAAGGACCUGCUGAUGAAUAUUACAUCAUAUAUCGAAACGUUUUUGAUAAGGUAAUAGAAUAUGUCACUGCAUACAAAUCCAUUCUUACUUCAAUCAAAAAAGAAUAUGAUGCCAUCAUUGAUACAAUAAAAAGAGACCAAAGAAUUGCAUUUUAUCUUCAUGGAAGACUUAAAGUUUUUGCAGCAGAGCCCACAACAUUCGUGUACCACAGGAAAAGAAUAAUCCAACUUGAAGCAAAAAUGAAGGUUAUUGAAAAUAAUUCCUCAAAUAUUCAAUUGCAAAUAGACAAAAUAAAACAACUUAGGGCAGAGUAUGAUGUGGAAGAACUAAAACAUUUUCCUUUCUUCAAAGAUCCUUCAAAACCUAUUCCAGGCAUGAUUCUCGAAGAAUCCUUCAAUUUAGAUGCUCUCAAUAAAUACCUGAAACAUCUGGAAGAUAAAUAUGCAGAAAUUAAACAACUGAUGUCAAAAAAAUAUGUCCCAUUUCAGAGGAAGGCAGAUUUAGAGGAGGAAAUGAUUGUGAUAGUAAAACGGCAAAAUGUAGCUCAAAGUCUGAACAAAGAAUUAGAGUUUCGUCAUCGAAGACUGCAGAUUAUUUCAUAUGCACUUACUUCAUGGGUAAAAUCUGAUAAGAGCAGUUCAUUUGAAGACUUCGUGAAGCAAAUUGAGCAAAUCCAAGAUUUACAUGGUAACCAAAGCUUUAUUGAAGAGCUAUUGGAAGAUGAUCCAGGCAAGGCAAACGAAGCUGAAAUUUUGCUUUCCUACAUUGAAAGGUUCAAUGAAUUAAUCUCACUUGGUGAAUAUGAGAAGGCCGCUUGUUUUGCAGCAAAAAGUCCUAGAGGAAUUCUUCUAAACAUUGGGACAGUGAAUAAAUUUAAGGCUGCUGGAAAAAUUAGAGGAAAUCCUUUUCCAUUACUCUCAUUUUUUGAGGCUAUCUUUAGCACAAGUCAUGCUAAUAGACGUCCUAUUAAUGCAGAACUAACCCUGGAAGGAAUCAAAUGUGGACUUUCGGAAAAACGUUUAGAUUUAGUUAUCCACUGGGUCACUCAAGAAAGGCUCACAUUUUCUGAGGAGGCUGGAGAUGUGAUUUGUGAUUAUGGAGAUCAGGAUACUCAUAACAAGGCCAAGUGCCUGGCUUUAGCUCAGAUCAUCUACAGUAAAUGUAACCUGUUCAACAAAGUUAUUCUCUGCCUGUGUAAACAGGAUCAGCUUCAUGAGGCCAUGGAAUACAUACAACAACUCAAGGACUUUACUUCUGAUGACCUGAUGCAGCUAAUAAAGUUAUGUCCCCACUAUGGAUUAAUUCAGUGUCUCACUAAAGAAUGGAAUGGAAAACCACCAUUUUUACCUUUUUGUCUUGCUAUACUUUAUCUGUUCUCUAUAGAUAUGAAAAAAGUUGGCAUUAAACUACUUCAUGAAAUAAAUAGAGGUGGGAAAGAUGCAAUAGAACAUCUUAUGGUAAAUGAUCCAUUUUGCUCCCUAGAAAGGUGGCAAGAAAUGGCAAAUAUAUGCUCACAGAAUGGCUUUGACAGAUUAUGUAAUGAUAUCAUGUCCAUUCUUCGAUCUCAGGCUGGAGUUAUAGAAAUUCCUGAAGAGGAUGAUACAGUCAACUUAAUGCAACAUGUGUUUUGGUAGUUCUGUAGCUUAACCAGCUGAGGGAGCUUCUGCAACAUUUUGUGUAUGUUGGUUGGGCAAACUGAUUCUGAAAUAACUAAUAUAAAUAAACCUGGAAUAUGAAGCUCUCAGAAAUAAAUCAUGGU